GGAGUAAGAAUAGCUACAAAUAGUUUCAAUUUAAAAGAAGUAGAAUUUUUAGUCAAAGUUCUUCAAAGUAAAUUUGGUUUAGAUUGUACUAUUCAAACACUAAAGCCUUCGGGUAAUUGUAAUAUUUAUAUUAAAGGAAGCUCAGUCCCUAAGUUAAGGGAGCUAAUUUUACCUUAUUUACAUACAUCUAUGCACUAUAAAUUAGGACUAUAG